AUGCCAUCCCUGUCGCCGACCAUGACUUCGGGAACUAUAGUCAAGUGGGUUAAGAAAGAGGGCGAACCCAUCGGCGCCGGUGACCUCAUCUGCGAGGUUCAGACCGAUAAGGCUGUGGUGGGCCUCGAACUCGAGGAAGAGGGCGUUUUGGCCAAAAUCCUGGUCCCCAACGACACCGCAGACAUCAAAGUGGGAACUCUUAUCGGACUUAUGGUCGAAGAGGGACAGGACUGGAAGGACGUGGAUAUACCCAAAGACACGUCCCCUCCCGCCCCACAAACUACUUCUCAACAAAAGGAUACCAAAAGUGAUGAUAAGAGUGACGGAAGCAGUCAUCUAAGCGGACGUCUAAUGGGUCCGAGUGUUAAGAAUCUGUUGAAUCAAUACUCAAUUGACGCGAAUUCAGUGCAGUCUUCGGGUCCGCAAAACAAUAUUGUAAAGGAAGACGUCCUUAAAUUCAUAAAAGAUAACGCUUUGAAACCCAGAGAUAUGUCUUCAGACAAAAGCCAUGUCUCGGCGCCCAAGGCUUCUGAAACUAAGACUCCGUCCAAAAGCGCCGAAUUCAUUGACAUUGAGUUGUCUAAUAUGAGGAAAACAAUUGCCAAACGUUUGACACAAUCCAAGUCAACUACUCCUCACUCUUAUAUGACAAUUGACUUCUCGAUGAAUGGCGUCAACGAUGUCCGCAGACAACUCAAAAACUCUGGAAUUAAAGUCUCGGUCAACGAUUUCAUAAUCAAAGCGGUGGCCAUCGCUCUGAAGAAAGUGCCACAAGUCAAUAGUUCCUGGAAUGAGAGCACAUCCACUAUACAGUUGUCGCCCACAGUUGAUAUAUCGGUAGCCGUGGCCACACCUAACGGACUCAUCACUCCUAUUGUCCGAAACGCGAAUCAAUUAGAUUUAGAGACAAUCAGCUUCACUGUGAAAGGGUUGGCCUCGAAGGCGAGAGACGGCAAACUACAGCCCAACGAAUUCAUUGGCGGGUCAUUCAGUAUAUCCAAUCUGGGAAUGUUUGGCGUCUCUGAAUUCACUGCUGUCAUAAAUCCCCCACAAUCGGCGAUUCUGGCCAUCGGCUCGUCGAGACUGGUGUUGGAUGAGAGCGAUCGCACCCAACACUUGGUUCGAGUGACCCUUUCGUUUGAUGGUCGCGUGAUCGAGGAGGAUAUCGCCGCCAAAUUCCUCGAAGUCCUCAAAACCGUCAUCGAAGAUCCCAUUAGUCUUCAGAACUCUGACGGAACCGAUAAUAGACGGCUAAAUGCGUUGAUUUCUUAG